AGUGUGUGUGUGUGUGUGUGUGGGCAGGAAGGUCAGCAGGAGGACGCUGGUGUUCUCUUUGUAUCGGUAUCAGGUGUUGGGUGUGCAAAGCGAACAAUUACACUGCAGCAGUGUGACGCGUUAUCUUCCUCGAAUUGAAACCUCGGAUGCAGCCACUCACUGGAUACUACUGAUUGUGACAAGUCAACAAGACCGGUGGUUGGAGGACUGGCGUUAGCAGGCGCGUAGACACCACCAGUGACGGGUGUCGACUGGAAGGCAGCUGUGGGAGCACCACGGGCCAGCAGGGCGCCCGCCAAGUUGCCAGCCUAAACUAUUGACGGCUAUACCUUCAGUAUCCUGCAACAACAGUGUAUAAGAACAAUUCAAGAUGAGGGCAAUAAUAGACAAUAUUGAAUGUCAGAGAGACUCUCCUAGGUUUAGGCAAGUCUUGGAAGAAAAUGAGAAAGACUUGGAUAUAUUGGAAAGCAAACUGGAAAAGGUAGUGAAGCAGUGCAAUCAGAUGGUGGCUGCAGGGAAGCAGUUCAAUCAAGAACAAGAGCAGUUGAUUCAUACCCUGUGGGACUGUGCUGGAUAUUUUAGUGAUGACUCAAGUGUGCAGGCAGCGCUGAACCGCAUGUUGUCUGCUCUCAGGGAAGCUGCCAAAUACCAUGUGAUACUUGUUGAUCAGGCUGCAAGGGCAGUCACCAAAAAUCUAUCAAGCUUCAUUAAAAAUGAGCUACAUAAAGUGAAAGAUCUGAGGCAUUACUUUGAGAAGGUCAGUGGAGAUAUGGAUAGUGUGUUGCAUCGUGCAUCGGGUGUGUCUCGCACUCGCACACAAGAUGUAAAUGAUAUAAACAAUCUGGUCAUCGCCACUCGGAGGGCCUUCCGUCACACUGCUGUUGACUAUGUGCAUGCCAUGUCUAUUGCCCAAGGCAAGAAACGGCACGAAGUAGUUGGUGCUUUGCUAUCUUAUUUGAAGGCCUACAGUACCUUCUACCAUCAAGGGACUGAUCUGUGUGAUGACCUGAAACCUUCCCUGGAAAAGAUCAGUGAAGAGGUAAACUUAAUGAGACAAGAAGUGAGUGAUUUGGACAAGAACAUGGAAAAUCGACACACUGAUGUCACAGACAAGGACUUGGUGCUAUCUGUGGACCAGCUAGACAACUCUCAGCCUGUCACUAUGUAUGGUUAUCUUUUCAAGCGAACCACUAAUGCUUUCAAAUCCUGGAAUCGUAGGUACUUCACACUGCAGAAUAACCAGCUUGUUUACCGAAAGCGUUCAGGUGUUCGAAAAUCUGUCAGGAACUCAGGAGGAAGUAAUCUGCUCAAUAGUGGUUUGACAAGAUCAAAUGAAGGAGAGGAAGUGACAGUGAUGGAAGAAGAUCUUCGCCUGUGCACCGUUAAAGCAGCAGUUGAUGUGGAUCGCAGGUUUUGUUUUGAAGUUGUGUCGCCAUUUAAAUGUCACAUGCUUCAGGCUGAGAGUGAAGAAAGCUACAAUUCAUGGAUUAGCGCUUUGCAGCGUGGUAUUGGUCAAGCCUUGCAGUUAAGUUCCCAUGAGAAUAGCUUCACCUUUGGGAAUGACACGCCAUCUCCUCUUAAUCCUCCGAAGGGACCAGGGGCAACCACUACACCAGGCGACUCGAACAACUCAUCCCCUGCCACUACACCCCAGGCAUCUACUGCACAUAAGGCUCACUUGUGGCAAGAGUUGAUGAGCAUCCCAGGAAAUGACCUAUGCUGUGAUUGUGGUGCAAGUAAUCCAAGAUGGGCUUCAAUAAAUUUAGGAGUCACACUUUGUAUUGAAUGUUCUGGGAUUCACCGAAGCCUAGGAGUGCAUUAUUCCAAGGUACGGUCACUAACAUUGGAUGCUUGGGACCCGGAGAUGGUGAAGGUGAUGCAUGACCUAGGAAACUCUGUAAUCAAUAGGAUCUACUUGGCCACAUAUAUACCAGGAGAAGGCUCAGGGCCUCCUGCAGCUAAACCUGACAGUCAAAGAUCAGUUAGGGAAGAUUGGAUCAAAAUGAAAUAUGUUGAACGACGAUAUGUGAAGCCUUUGCCUACAGCAUCAGAGACUGAAAAAAAUUCAAACCAACGAAGGACUUGGGGCAUUCCUCGCAGGCAACGUCAUUUAAGGGCUCCAAGAGUGUCAAAAUCAAGCAGUGGCAGUCUAGAUGCCUCACUCAGUAGUGCUGGGGAUACUCAUGACCAUGAAGAAUCUCACUCUGAAAUAACAAAUAUAUCCCCUGAAGCUGAUACUCCCACAGCAGAUGUAUUACUUCUGAACAUUGAUGUUCAGUCUCCUGCUAGAGAUGCACAAGAGAUCUUAGAGACAAGUGAUGACUACUCCACUGACAACAGGAAUCUUAAUAAUGUUACGGAAGAACCAUUGUCAAGUUUGCACCCAGAUAUGGUGUUGUAUCGUGCAAGUGAAGCUGACAACCUGGGUAUGAUAAGCUAUGGCCUGGCACUGGAAGCUAACAAGAACUGGCAUAAUCCAGAAGAUAAUGGACAAACUCCACUUCAUCAGGCAGUGGCUAGUUGUUCAGUAAGGCCAGUUCAGCACCUUCUGACUAAUGGAGCAAAAGUCAAUGAACAAGAUUGCAGUGGUCGCACACCUUUACACCUUGCUGCUUUGAAGUCCAACAUUGGUCAGGUGUGUCUGUUUCUGAAACACAGAGUGGACUUGAACAUAAAAGAUAAUGAUGGCCAGAAAGCUAUUGAUCUUGCUGUUCAAAGCAAUGAACCAGAUGUCGUAACACUCCUGAGGGUGGCCAGCCUGAGUGAGGACAUUGACCGUGAUGGAGGUGGUGAAGAUAACAACAUGCUCACAGACUUCUUGAGGGACUUUCAGGAAAAGAUGGUAAAACAGGUCCACAACAGGUCCCUACAAAAAGAUGGUGAAAUACCUUUGUAAACCAGUAUUAUACAUACAGUAACUGAUACUUACAUGCUCUUCUGGAUGGAGAGAUAGAUAUAUCAAUGCAAGUGUCAAUUAUUGUUAGCUUCAGUGACACUACAAAUUUUUAAUAUUUUCAUAUAAGUUCAAAAUAUAAUUACUUUACAUAAUGGUUGUAAGAUUGUGCACAACUCUGAAUGCGAAAGGCUAAACUCGUCUGCUUUGUUUUACUAUCUGGUAAUUAUCUUACUGUAAUGAGAUUGCAUAUUAUAAUUUUGUACACAAAUGACUUGCUAAUCAGAAUUCUAUUGCUUGCCUGCAUAUGAUUCUCGUGUGUGUGUGUGUGUGUGUGUGUGUGUAUAGUUUAAAUUGACCACCAAUUUUCUUGUAAUUUUAUGACAACUUGCAUCAUUAAAAUGUUUGUAAAGUCACUUAUUCUAUAUGUAUUUCUUGAAACAGGCAGUUAAGAAUGUUUAUUAGAAAAAAAAAGUUUUGUACAAUGCACUACUUAAAAACUGUUUUUAAGUUAGUCUCCUGCACUACUUAAAAACUGUUUUUCAGUUAGUUUCUUGCAAUGUUACAUUUACACUGUAUAUUGUACUAUCUCUUCAUGUAUGGAAAGAUCUCUUGAUUUUAACUCAAUAUUUUCUUCAGAAGUUAGAAAAUAUGGUCAAUUUACUAAUUACUUUUCAAGGCAUGUUUAUGGUUUUCAGUAUGAUUGGAAUGCUAUUAAUUUGUGCUUGAAACAACCACUUUGUAAGCUGCAAUACUGGUAAGAGUAUAGUGCAUAAGUCAUUUAUUUUAUCAGGCACAUAAAACUAUUGAAAUCUUGUUACAUCUUAGAUAUAAAUCUUUCCUCAUUCAUCAUGAAUAAUUCUGUCUUAUUCUUUGCAUUUAAAUAGUACUUGAUAAAAGAUGCUUCUAACUUUAACCUUCAUGCUCAGUGAUCACUUUAAAUGAAGAAUAGACAGAUUCCAAAUUGGGAAAGUUUCUGGAGGCUGGAUAAUCACAGCUACACUGAUAUGUAAUUGUCCAGAGUGACACCAUUCAUAGCAGCAAUAUUCACAAGUGUUUGAUAUCACAAUUCUUUGCAUUAAUAAUUAAUUCCUACAACUUACUAUGGAUUCCUCUGGUGCUGAGUUACAAAGGGAAACCUGUCUUCCAUUCCUUACAUGAUAUGGCUCCCAAGCACUAAUUACUUAACUCUUAGUCCUUCACACAAAUAUUUAAAGUGUUGUCUUUAGGAAUACUGCUUCAUUUAUCUCUAAACUGCUUGCCCUUAACCUUAGGUAGGUACAUUUUAUAUUUCAUUCAGAUCUUGUAAAAAAAAAAAAUUAUUAUGAAAUUUGCCAUGUUCACAACAAUAAUUUUGCAGAAGCUACCAUUGCUAUUAUUAUGAUAUAAUUCAAGUUAUGUACUUUUAAAAUACAUACUGGUAUAAGAUGCAUCUUAGGUUUGUCCUAAUUUGGGAUGG